GUUCUAACAAUUUACCAUCAGAUGUCUACGCAACAUUUGUGUUUUCAACACUUUCAUUAUUGGCAAGCAUAAUUCUUUCCAUACCCUCAAUCGUUCGCAAAUUCAACUAUACUUUUCACGUCUUGAUCAGCAAAAUUAUUUUGACAAUUUUAUGGUUUAUUAUCGCAAUCAUUAUUAUCGCCAAAGCCAAUAAUGAGUCUAUUAUAGAUGUCAAUUUUGUUAAAGAUAUAAAUCUUGGACGUGCAAUUGGAGUAUUUAUUUGGAUAAAUUUCGUAACAUGGUCAAUUUCUACCAUUCUUCACCUUAAAAUGCGAUCACGAGAAAAUUUGACGAAAAAAAGAGAUAUUAGUAAAAAAAUCAUUAUACAAAGUACUAAUUAUAGUCGAAAUAGUUUUUAUUAUGAUCAAGAUGCAAAAGUUUUAACAACACCUAAAAUCAUUAAGGAAAUUGAUGAUAUGAUUAAGAAUCCAGAAAUGAUUCUUCAACAAUCUAAUCAAAACUCAGAAAAACAACCUAUUGCUGAAUUGGAUUAUUCAAUUUCAAAUACGAAUACUACUACUUAUACUUUGGUAAAUACUUCAAAUACUGAACGAUCAUUUGUUCUUGCACCACAGGUAGCUGUAACGAAUGAUUAUUAUUCUACGUCUGCAAAUGAAUUUGAUCAAAAGAAUUAA